CAAUAUUUAGGCAUAAAAAUGUUAUAUCUAGUAGGAUUGGGACUGGGAGAUGCAAAAGACAUUUCAGUCAAAGGUUUAGAAAUCGUCAAAUCUGCGAGUAGAGUUUAUCUUGAAGCUUAUACAUCUAUUUUGACUGUUGGAAAGGAUGCUCUUGAAGACUUCUAUGAACGUCCUGUGAUACUUGCUGACAGAGAUAUGGUAGAACAAGAUUCAGCAGAAAUACUGAAAAAUGCUGACAAGGAAGAUGUUGCCUUUCUGGUUGUUGGAGAUCCUUUUGGGGCGACGACACACAGUGACUUGGUAUUAAGAGCAAAAGAAAAUAACAUUGAUUUCAAAGUAAUACAUAAUGCUUCAAUUAUGAAUGCUGUUGGCUGCUGUGGCCUUCAGUUAUACAACUUUGGUGAGACAGUUUCAAUCGUAUUCUGGACAGACAACUGGAAACCAGAUAGUUUCUGCGAUAAAAUAAAUGCAAAUUUGAAACGAGGACUUCAUACACUUUGUUUACUUGAUAUCAAAAUGAAGGAACAAACCAUAGAAAAUUUAAUGAGGGGUCGAAAAGUCUAUGAGCCACCAAGAUUUAUGACAGUAUCAGUCGCAUGUCAACAAUUAUCAGAAGUUUCGAAGAACAGAACUGAUUGUGAAUUCUCACCUAGUACAAUGUGUGUUGGUUUAUCGAAAGUCGGAUCAGACAAUCAGAGAAUUGUUGCUGCAUCUUUAGAAGAACUUUGUAAAUAUGAACAAAUGGGAGAUCCAUUACAUUCCCUAGUCAUAGUAGGAAAAGUGCAUCCCUUGGAAGAGGAAUUUUUAAAACAAUUUUAUUUAACAAAUUUUGAUAAUAAAGCGCACUUUUCCUAAUUA